AUGGCUCACUACGCUGUCGUUUUGAUGGUGAUUGCUACAUUGUUGGUGAGUUCCACCAUUGCUCAAUCUCCAUCUUCAUCUCCCACCAAAUCACCUCUUGCCACUCCGACUCAAUCUCCAGCUGUUUCUCCCUCCGCUAACUCACCGGCGGCGGCUCCUUCCGCACCUGUGAAGAACGCUCCAUCUCCUUCACCUGAUGCCGUCAACUCUCCACCAUCUCCUCCUAUCACUCCCGCCGCCACUCCUGCUGUCACUCCAUCAGCGAUCUCUUCUCCUCCAUCUCAAACACCAUCACCUUCCCAAAACGGCGCCGCUUUUAACAGAUUCACCGUCGCCGGAUCUGCCGCCGUUGUGAUUUUCGUUGCUGCUUUGAUGAUUUAG